AUAAUAGUGCAUAUAAUGGCUCCUGGUAAUAAGGAGAGACAUACAGGACACACGGGUACUAUACCUAAGACAAAAGUAAGGAACAAUUGCAAUGUACCGCAAGAGGCUGUAACACCGACACGACGAGACAUGGCUUCAAAUUUGGUUACGACUUCUCUGGAUUGGGUACCAGUGUCAGAAUAUAACGUAAGAUCUAACUGCAAUCAAUCAAGAAAGCAAACAAACAACACCUCCGAUCAAGAAUCAACUGACUUAGAUAAUUCUGUAUCAUUUGAGAGUGGAUUUGGAAGGUUUGUUCCUGUGAGGCCUCAGCCUCGUGCUCUUCCUUUAACAGUGCAAAAUCGUGAAAAUUUGACAACCGAUCAUCAUGAUGAUGGAGCUUCUUCGUCUCAUACCUUGCAUCCAUAUGCACACCAGAUGUCAAAUGGUAUGAUUGCUCAUUCAAAUCAUGCUGCUGCUGCUGUUAUGAUAGUAAAUCCUACCACACCCAGUGCAGUGACAGGGAAUAUGACUCAACAAUUAAAUGUAACUAAUCAAAAUAGAAACAAUUUGACAAGGAAUUUGAAUUCGACACGUAAUACAUUUGACGGAAAUAAUACAAACAAUAAUAAUCCUUCACCAGUAACAAAUUCUAGAUCUGGUACCAAGUCUAUUAAUUUAAUGAACAACAUGUAUGACCAAGGACAUAGUAGCUUCAACAAUAUAAAUGAAAAUAAUCAAGCUCACAGGGAAUCUGCUCGAGCGUUGGGUGAAGCAAUAGUUGCAGCAUGUCCUGAUGCAGCAGCUGUUGAACGUCGCCUUGGACAAAUUAGAGAAUACAUUAGAGUUACUUCAUCACUUGUUGACACCAUGCGGAAUUCUGAGGAUGAGGCUUUUAUUGAGCAUACAAAAGAAGAAUAUGAUGAAUUAGUAAAAAUGGUAAUGCAGUUAAAAGAAAGUGAAACAAAACUUCAAUCUAUGUUAGUUGAAAGUUAUAAUGAAAUACCAGGUGAAGGUUCAAAUGAUAUAGUAAAUCAAGUAGAAAGUAGUACUUCUGCGCCUGUUAAUGAAGUAGAAACAGUACCUGAAAGAACUUUGAAUCAAGAUAAGGCAAGCAACAUCAAAACCAAUAAUGACAAUAGUCCAACUAGCAAUUUAAAGAAAGUAACAAACAUAGAAAAUGAACAUUUAAACAAAAACAUUAUAAAUGCUAGAGCAAGUGAAGAAAACCUUGCGACAAAAGAAAAUAAAUCUAUGGAAAAUGAAAAUAAAAUGGAAGAUUCUCAAAGUAAUACUGUCGAAAUUAGAGAAAUAGAAUCAAUACCAUGUGUUGAAACAGAGGUAAAAAAAGAUGAUCAGUAUCUGAACGAUAUUUUACGGAAAAAUAUCACAGCAUGCAUGGAAAAAAUUGCUCUCAUUCAAGAAAUGAAAAGUAAAAAUAAAGAUAUUAGCGGAAACGAAGUUCAGCAAGACGUUGUGGUUAGACCAGUAUCAGUCCAAAGCAAUGCAUCAGCUUAUAGUGAAAAUGAACUUUGGCAGAAUGAGAUAAAAAAUAAAAUGGAAAUGUCUCAAAUUCGUCUUUCAGCACUUAAACAGCAACAAAAAAGACUUCUUAAAUAUCAGGCAGAAGCAAAACAACAACUGGAAGAAAUAAACAAGGAGAGGCAAGCUCAAGAAAUGAACCACCCGUCGACAUCUCAAGAAAAUUUGAAUGCAAUGCAGGUUUGUACCUUACCUUACGCUUUCCUUUGUGUAUUUAUUAACAUAGCAAUUUUCCAGAACCGCAUGUACGGCGCGAACCAGAUCGGCGUGGCGACCACGCUGCCGCAGGCCGGCGAGCUGGCGGCGGCGCUGGAGCAGGCGCGCCCGGCGGCGCUCGGCCGCGACGAGCGCUCCUCGCUGCGGGCCGCGCGAUCCACGGGCGCCGAGGACGCAGCUGGUGGCACUCGGGACAGUGAAGUAGAAGACGAUGACGUUAUUCUCAGUGAGAGGGAACGUAUACUGCAGCUCAAAUUGCGGGAGCUGCAAAUGAAGAAACAACACAUGGAGAAUUUGGUAUCAGAAUUUCAAAAAUUACAAAUGGCAACUCGACUUGGCAGUUCUCAUAAUACAUACUCAAGUUCAGGGGAGGAUAGUGGUGAUGAGGAAGCAUCUCGAAAAUGUAACAAAUCAGGCGUCAAUCUCAAAAAUGAGGAUCCCUUUAAGCUUAUGGAAAUAAAGGCUAUUAAAACAGCUCUCCAGAAAACCAAAGAUCUCAUGCGUUCUGUAGAAACGUUUGAAGGGAACCUUCCCGGAGCUCAUGAGGACAGCUUCCACGUUUCCAAUCAUUCUAACAUACAUGAUAAUAAAUCAGAGGGCGGUGGAAGUAUGGGUGGUUGGUCAAACGAAGACAGCGUGUGUCGUGUGCGCAAUUCACUGUCUCAACGACACAAGUUUACAAAUGAGCAACACUCGCAGCAACAACUGCAACCGCAGCAACACUUACAACAAUCACAACACCAGCAACAUCUGCAGCAAACUCAACCGCAACAACACUUACAACAAUUACAACACCUGCAGCAAACUCAACAUCAGCACCAUUUGCAACAAGUGCAGCAUCAGCAACAAUUACAACAAGCACAGCAUCAGCAACAUUUACAACAAACACAGCAUAUGCAGCUUCAACAGCACCAACAACACAUACAGGCGCCACAGCUCCAGCAACACUCGCAACAAAAUCACGAAGCAAAUAUAAAUACUUUGCAAGAGUUGGCUCAAGAACUCCGCAUGGAAACUGAGAAGAUAAUGGGAGAACGUGCGCGUAUCAAGGAUAUGGUGACAAAUAAAGAACGCAAGCAGAAAAAAGUGAAUGAAGUGCGCGGUGGGUGCGUGGGUCCGGCUGAACGUCGUCAACUUCAACUACGCGCUCUACUGGCCGAUAAACAACGCGAGCUCGAGGCGUUGCUCAACAAGGAGGCAAUGAGCAAUGCUACAGAGACUCAAAAUAUUAAGCCAGAUUCUCGUGUCGCGUCUGUUGUGAAUCAAUCUUAUAACAGUGAACAAGAAGAACCCGAAUCACGAUCAGAACAUGUGCAAAUGGAUUCUCAACAUUCGAGAGAUAACGAUAAUUUCAGGGGCGGCGACAGUGCUCUAGGCUCGCGCUCCGUCAAUACAGCACCCUCACAUCUCGGCAGUGCGUAUGGCAGUGACAGCGACAGCGCUUCCAGAAAUAAAUCCAAUCAAAGGAAUCGUCCUCGACGUCGGCCGACGGUGGACCGUCAGUCUGAAGAAAACAACCUUCCACUAGUGAACAACAGCAUCUCAAACGUGAGACAUGAGCCAAGGGUCGACUCCAACGUCAACAUGGUCCCACCCGUUGCGCAGAAUAAUGAUAAUACUGGAAAUAUGCCCUAUUCGCACUUGCCACCCUGCUGGAACACAACUAAAUCUAAUCAGGAUAUGCGAACGAAUCAGUUCACUCAAAACAGCCACUCUCAAACCAUGGAUCGUCUCAUGGGUACCCCAAUGUCGUUCCCUCCCACCAUGCCGUUUAAUAUGAUGAUGCCAUACGGCGCGGCGGGCUGCGGCUGCGGCUGCGCGCUGUGGGGCGCGAGCUGCUGGCAGCAGCUGGGCCUGCAGCAGCUGGAGCUGCGCCAGCUGCGCGCCCAGCUCGCUCACCUCGAAGAACGUUGGCGCGCUGAAACAGCAACGCAUACUUUAAACAAUCAAGUGCCGCCCGGCAAUAGAGCCAAUAAUUAUUGGGAUAACUUCCGAAGCUACUCGCGCCAGAACCUGCUCUCGGGCAGUAGCAAGAGCAACGCGGAGGGGGUGGGGGGCGGAGUGGGGGUGGGAGGAGGUCCGGCUUGUGGGGCGGCGGGUGGCGCGGCGCCGCUGGCCGAACGCAGUCACAACAGUCUGCACCACACGUCGAGCUCAACGUCUCCCUCGCUAACCCCUAAGCGCAACACGGAGGAAGCUCGCCUGUCCUCCGCUCCCGACGUCCUCAACGUCAACCAGAAUGAGCCCGAGCUCGUAACCCGUCGCAACCUCAACUGCGUCGACCCCAUUCCGGAGAUCGUCCAGUCGCACUCCAACCUCGACUUGCCCGCCGAGUCCAGGAGGAAGUCCUCGAAGCUGCCGUCGAAGAACUCUGCAAGUCGCAGGAACUACGCGCCGGACUUCCCUUCGACUGGCGAUGUGACCGAGACAGCUGAGGCGCCCAACCCUAACCUGGCAUCAGCGACCCGGGAACUCCGCGACAAGGCCACGUCGAAGCUGUUCGAUCUACUCAGGGAGAAUAUAUACUCGGAGGUCACGACGCUCAUCGGCGUGAACGAGUCGCAUCCCGAUUUUCUUAUUCAAUUAUUCAGGGAGUUGCAGCUGAUCAGCUCCGACCCGCUCCGACAGCGGGUUUUGCAAUCGAUACGCAGCAUUCUGUCUCAGUAUAGUAAUUUUAUCGAGAGUAGGACCGAGGAGGCCGAUAGUGCAGAAUGCACUAACACGACGGUGACGACGACGUCCGUCGAACCGAGCGACUGUCAAGACUGCAGUGGUCCGAGCGUGUGCACUAGUACGGUGCAAAUCGAUAAUAAAAUUGUUCGAUUCCUUUUAUUGAAAAGCGAGGAAAUUUUUACGUCUGAAUUAUUGGAAUCCUUGGCUUCUCUCAUACUUAAUAAUUCCUCUGACGGUAGACAAAUAAAGAGACUUCUCGAUUUGCUCUCUAAAUACGAAGGAAUGCGAGUCUGCGAUGUAUCUAGCGAUAUUGUCGAAAAUAUGCCCAUAUUUAAUUCAGUGAGUAACGAGGGCGAUGAAUCGAUUCACAUGACGAACGAAAUACCAGAAUCGUCAAUUUUACAAGAUGUCGCCGGAUCUCUGAAUUUAUUCAGUUCGAGUGAGGGUCAGUUACACCAGAUGAACACUUGCCCCUACGACAUGUGGCCCGGCCACGUACAUAUGGAUAUCGACGGAGGAGAUAUAAACGCCGGCAGUACCCGUUCGAGUCAAGAAGGAAAAGUUGAUCUCAUAAAUUGUUCAGAAAUGCACAACGGUGACUUAGCGGAAGCCGAUCAGACUUGCCACGCCGAGGCCGGCGAUAGUAGCGGUAAUACGCACGAUGACGUCGGCAACGCAGAGGCUCUGCCCGACGUCGUGGACACGGAAGAAGUCACACCCACUGAGGCGGAAGCAGAGUGGCUCGGGCUUGACCGUGUGCCAACAAGGCUGCAUAUGGAAGAAUCAUCUGAAAAACAAAAAGGUGACAUUUAAUAUCCAGUCAAAGCGGAGCAAACACUCAAACAUCAAAUAUUUAUUUGAUCUACUGUUUGAGUGGACCUGAAAAAAAUAUAUUUGAUUAGAUCUUCAUCUGCAUCUGCAACAGAAAAACAAAACAAAAAGGAAUUAAUUUUUUCUUUUACAAAUUAAUCUCAAGUUAUUAAUGCAACGUGGUAUUUCCAGUUAACAUUCACUUGAUUAAUUAAGCAUUGUAUUCUCGUUACUCUUUAUUUACUGUCUAUAUUUACAUAGCUUCAUUUAUGUAAUAUUUAUUUAGAAUAAAUGAAUAUAUAAUGAA